GAUCUGCGCGGGAAACGUUACCAUUCUUUCAUUAUGACGUUGAAUACGUGCUUUAGCGUUGCUUGCACAACGUUAUCUUUAAAUAUUGAAAAUGGGUAUGCUAACAUGGAGGGUCAUUCUGAGCCCCUAGGCAUGGAGUCUAACACGGUCAGUGAUAGGGUCCCUCUGACGCAGAUUAGAGACUCGCCGUCCUUGACCUCACAAGAAUCCUCUGUUACCGACUGCCCAGUCUCCAACCGUCAGGUCAAUGUCUUUGUGGUCAGCUCGUCCUCUUCUAACUCAGAAUUUGUGUGUAGAAUUUGUCAACUGGCAAAAAAGAAUUCAGACGAAGACUUAAGUUCCACGGAGUGUGACUGUCGCGGAUACUUGUCCAAAGUCCACCAUUCCUGUCUGAAGGAGUGGGUGCGAUACAAAGGCUCCACAAGGUGUGAAAUCUGUACCAGCCACUUUGCCUGCGUCACACCUCCUUUACAGCCAGGACUGCUACAGCUAGAGGCUUUACACCAACUUGCUUGGCAUUUUGAGCGGAAUCGCCCAUUCAAUCGGCGUAAAAGAGCUAUCCUCGGCACCGCCAUAUUGUUCCUUCUGAUAGUGACCAUUGUGACGUCAUUGAUGACCGUCAGUGCUGACAGGGAGUACGAGAAGGCCGCCAGGGACCCUGAGAUUUCCCCGAAACGUGUGGACGAUUCCAACAUAGUUUUCUCUAUCUGUAUCGCCUUUGCCUUUUUCUGUGCCACGCUGACUGUGGGGUUGGUGAUUAUCUGGUUUGGAGUGGAGUGUUGUUUCUCUAUUCAGCGGAGGGGGAUGUUGCGGCGCGCAACACGACGGUUACUGCUCAACGAAAACAGAGCGUAACGAUGCGCCGUGUCACUUAUUACAAAAUGGGUACAGGGUGGAUUAAUAAAGCGGAUGCUUGGAAACAUGUAAGGGUUAACAUGGUACUUGUAGAUUCUUACACAUACAGUGACGGUUUCACUUCAGCGAGUCGGCAUGAAGUCCGUACGUACGAGGGAUGUUCCAAAAAUAAUAUGUGACACUUAGAUGAUUUCACCCACAUUAUUUUAUUAAUCUUUGAUUUUUUUUAUUCGUCCAUGCCCUCAAAGUACUCACCUUUGACCUUUUAGACGAUCAAUCCACGUCUGGAAACAUUUUUCAUACUCCUCAAAGGGACGCCAAUCAUAUACUGAUAAAGUACAGACCCAAGGGCAUUUCGUAAAUCCUUUUCCAGAUAGGUGGAAUUUAAGAGAUCAAAAAGAAGUCGCACGGGCUAAAUCUGGAGAAAACAGAGGGGGUGGGGGUAGGGUAUGGUAGGAUAAUAACAAUUUUUGCCUCCAAAUACAUGGUCACAAUACGUGCUUUUUGUGCAGGCGCAUUGUCGUGCAAAUGUAGGAGAUACUUCAUUCAUACCCGUUUUGGGGCGACGACUUUCUUAAUAUUUCUUCAGUUUUUUAAUAACAACAUUUUAUAGAGUUACUUGUGACUGUUUUCUUCUUUGGUACAGGAAUUUGCAUGACAGUGCCCUUUUUGUCAAAGAAAAUAAUAUAAAACCUUCACGGUUCGUAAUCUGUUAGUAAUACUAGGACGUUUUGCAAUUUGAUACCCAGAUUCUGUUAGAACUCUUUCGUUUUUGCUCAAAAUAGAAUUCCAUUGUCUUAUUACCAGUAACUAAAUUAUCAAAAACCUUUUAGGUAUUUUUGGGAUACAGUUUGAAUAAUUUCUUUGCAUUAUAACACGGACUCUCUUUUGUUGAUCGCUAAACAAACAAGGUAUCCACCUAGCGUUUUAACUUUAUCUAUAUCUAUAUAAGCUAAUUUAGAUUUUAUUUUUCAAAAUACCAUGUUCACGUUUGCCUUACAGUAUAUUUUGCGUCUCUCUGUAAGAAUUGGUGAAUUUUUACGACGGUAUUAUUUGCUGUAACUGUUGCAGGGCGGCCUUGGGGAGCAGCGUCUCUGAGGUGCCGACAAACAGACUUGUGAGACAUUUGACCAUUCCCAUAGAUAUCACAGACCUCAUGAUGAAUAUCUACUGGUUUAAUUCCAAGUAAUGACAUUACUUACAUAUAGGUUCUAAUUUCAAGUGUAUUGCUUGCUCUUUUUCCAGUUUUGAUGAGUUUAGUGUAAUGAAUACGCUAUAGAGCAAUAGACACUGUAGCUAUGACAAUGAAAUUGUGAGCAUGGACUGUUCAGUGAUCAAUCUAACGUGUCAAUGAGGUUUACUCGAUUUACACGCGAAAAAGAUGAAAUGGCAUUAUUUUUGGAACACUUCUCGUACUUAAAACAUACAACCAACUUGUCAUUUAUGAUUUUUCAAGUGAUUUAAAUGUAUUGCAUUGCAAAGUUACUAGACUUAUUUGUCUAGGAAAAUCUACAGAUUAAUUAGAUAUAAGCUAUAAAAAAACUAUUUUUCCAACUGUUUAUGAAUUAUGAAUUACAAAUAUUUGAUGAUUAAAUAAUAAUUGUUUCAAAGAUGUAGUCCGAUAACUGCACUGGUGUGUGCAAACCAAUUGAAGAACGUGCGUUAUGAAAUAUGUUUGUAAGGAUCUGAUCUUAUCAUAUUGCAGUGAUAAGAUUAAAUUCUUCAUGCAGAAGAAAAUGAUUCAAUGAUUUAGUGUUUAUAUUUACAUUUUUUUUCUUUCCUAACUGUUUAGGAACAGACUACUUCAUAGCAUAUGUACACUUAACUGUCUCACAUCAGAAGUUUAUU